CCAAUCAACUCCAAGCUAGUAUUAAUUUUCGACAAGACGAACGUUUUGCUGAUCAGCCCUCUCCUCUUUUCCAUCCUUGGAGUAACUCUAGGCAAACUCAAGCGUUGUCCGUGUAAGAUGCUCUGUAAAAUGAUACCUAUCGGGGUACGUCCUCGUGGCAAAAACCGUUCUAACAAACAGAGCUGUAAAUUCGUCAACAAAAAACAUUGCUAUCGG